AUGAUCGACACCAGCGACAACACGGUCACUGUGUGCAUGGACUUCAUCAAGAGCCGGUGCUCCAGAGAAAAGUGCAAGUACUUCCACCCUCCGGCUCACCUCCAGGCCAAGAUCAAAGCCGCCCAGCACCAGGCCAACCAGAGCGCGGUGGCUGCACAAGCUGCCGCGAUGGCUUUUCCGCAUGGCGUUCUCCAGCCUUUACCAAAAAGACCUGCGCUCGACAAAACUAACGGAGCUUCGUCAUUGUUCAACCCAAACGUCCUGCACUAUCAGCAAGCUCUGGCCAACGCACAGCUGCAGCAACAGGCCUUCUUCCCCACCGUUGUGAGACCUCGGAGGCAAGUUGAGUCUCUGUGUAUCUAUGGCAACCUCUUGUCCUUGAUCGCAGGAGCAGUAGGGCCAGCUCCGCUCCACAACUGCAAUUCCAAAUAUCAAAGAUGUUUGAUCUGA